GAAUAGCGUUUACUUGGCCAACUUCAUGGGGCUCAUCGUCGUGGUCGAUGCGUGGUGCACCUGCAUGGACAUCGACGCCACUGCGUCGAAGACCACCUCGCCACAGGUCUAUCGGGUUAUCAGUGAUCUGUGCUUAGCGUGCUACUCCACAGAGGUCUUGGCGUUGCUUCUCUUAUUUGGCCUUGAAGUCCUGAGGGACUGGAUGAUGGUGGUGGACGUGCUGAUCGUUUUCUGCGGCUGGGGCGAGAAGAUCUUCGCCGCUCUGGCGCCUGACAGCGAGUUGGGUUUCCGCAUCGCCGUGCUCCGGGCCGGGCGCUUGGUGCGGAUCUUCCGGCUCAUGCGGCUGCUGAAGAGGAUAAGACCAUUGAGGGAGUUGCACAAGCUCGUCAUGAUGAUGGCCACCUGUUUGAGGACGUUGGUUUGGUCCUUCAUCCUGCUGUGCGUCGUUAUGACUGUUUGGGCCAUGUUGAUGGUGGAGUUGAUCUACCCAGCUUUGCAAGAGAUGAUCGAGAAGCAAGAGUUCGUCUCUUGCGACGAGGAAUGCCAGAGGGCCAUGUCCUCCGUGAUGGACGCCAACCUCUUGCUGUUUAAAACCGUGAUCGCCGGUGACAGUUGGGGUGAGAUUGCGGUCCCGGUCAUUCAGCGGCACCCGGCGACGGCCAUCAUCUUCGUGGGGUCCCAGCUCACGCUGGUGUUUGGAGUCCUCAACCUCAUUGUCGCCGUGGUUGUAGACACUUUUGCAGAUGCCCGACAAAAUGAUGUCCAGAACUUAGCAGAGGAGAUGGAAGACGAGAUCGAGUACGAUCGGAAAUCUUUAGGUAAGCUCUUUGAGCGCAUUGACAAGGAUGGUAGCGGACAGUUAACCUUGCAAGAGAUGAUCGAGGGUGCUCGCAACGAUCCAGGGUUUCAAUCCCGCCUGCGGGUUAUGGACAUCGACGAACAUGACUUGCAGCAACUCUUUCAAAUGAUCGACGAAGAUGGGUCAGGCACAAUAGAAGUGGCAGAAUUUAUUGGGCCUCUUAGUCGGUGGGCGCACGAUUCCAAGACGGCCCCGCGCUUCAUCAAAUACAACAUGAUCCAAACAAUGCAUUUGCAAGAGGAUCUUUACGAACUGUCGGUGGAUUGCUUCAACCAGCUAGCGUUGAGGAUUGAUGACCUGGCUUCGCAAGUUCAGGGUGUCAAGGUUCAUCACCCUCUCCAGCAAGACCCAGCGCCGAGCCGAAGCGGAAGUCCCAUGGGAAGUCCUACGGUGGAGGUGAUCCAGUCGGAGCUGCCCGUGGAGGCCGCCGUGUCCAGCGAGUCGGAGCCUGGCACCGAGGUCCUCGAAGGUCAAACCUCGCCGGUGGAAAGCCGGAACGUCAGUCGAACUUCCUACUGGCGCUCCCAACCCCAGCCCACCCCGACCAGGCAGGUGUCGCCGAUUCAGGAGCAGGAGAAGCAUUUCCAGGAGGUGGAUCCCAGUCCCAGCCCACCCUUGGACCAACCUCCGCCCUCCGCGGAUACCGAACUCUUGGCGCCCAAGUCGGCCUCCAGGGAGGCGCGCGAAAGCUCCAUGGGGCUCGAGAUGUUGCUGGAAAAUCUGGGGAUGAAAAUUGAGUCAAAGCUGGAUCUCUUGUUGCUUGAUGCCACGCGCCGAGCUGCCAUGGCCCUCACAGAGAGCCGGUCUCCAGCUCUGGAAGAAUUCUCUUUGGAGAGGACCAAGGCACGUCGAGUCAAAGCCAAGAAGAUGCUGCAUCCAGAAGCUUUCAGGAGUAUGUAUAUGAGUGGCAAGCAUCGCAGACUCUCUCUGGUGGAAUUAGGCACCACUCGGGACCAAUCCAAAGAUGCCACACCCAAGCCUCGGCGGAGAAGCUUGUCCUCCAAUGACAUCACUGAGGGCGAUCCUGUGAGUCCAAUCAGCUCCUCGCACCUGGAGCCCAUGACCAACGCACGAGAGGUCCUGAGCAGAGAUCUUUGAAAGGUUGCAAUGGCCAACAUCGUCAAAGACGUGGUCCAUUCUUGGUGAUUUGCACACCCAAGUACGACUCCAAGUGAGAUUCUGCCAAUUGAGAUCGCACAGUGAGCCGAUGUGAGCUGUGCUUCAGUUUCACACAGACAGCUGAAGGCUGCAGUGCACGAGAAACAUGGAAUUAAGAUUCCACGUCAAAACCUUACGGUUGGUGGAUUGGCCAAUCUUUUCAGAACCAGGAUCACAAUAGACCUAGACCUCAGCAAUUGGCUGAGAUCUGAGAGAGACCAUGCUGUUGGAAGUUGCUUCG